AUGAGCAGCGAGGUGGGAAAAAAGCGUAUAGCCAUUGUCGGUAGCGGCAUAUCUGGCCUGAGUGCUCUGUUUGCCCUCCGCGAUACCCAGCAUGAAGUACAUCUUUUUGAAAAAGAGGAGCGACUGGGCGGCCACACAAACACGGUGAUGUGGAAGCACAACGGCAAAAGCACGCCUGUUGAUACUGGCUUCAUCGUUUUGAACACGGCUACCUACCCAAACUUUAUCAAGUUUCUCUCCACUCUGCGCGUAAAAACUGUACCAUCUCUAAUGACUUUUGGCGUCUCCCGCGAUGCAGGUGCUUUUGAAUGGUCCGGCACAUCGGGCAGUACGCUCUUCGCUCAGCCAUCCAAUGCACUCAAACCAUCCUUCUGGCGCAUGAUCUUCGAUAUUGUCCGCUUCAACCAGUUUGCUCUCGACUUGCUUUCAAUCACUCCAGGCUCUCCAGCUGCCAUUGCCGCCACCAAGAUGAGCAUUGGAGAGUAUCUAGACCAAGAGGGCUACUCAGAUGCCUUUAGGGACGACUACCUGAUCCCAAUGACCGCAUGCGUAUGGAGUACUGGCGCUGACAAAUGUGCUCUGGAAUUUCCUGCACUGACGCUUGUGCGCUUCAUGUGGAACCAUCACCUCCUUAGCACUAUCGCUGAAAGGCCGCCCUGGUUGACUGUCGAAGGCGGAUCCAGCAAGUACAUUGACGCUGUGCUGGAGCUAGCUGGUAACUGCGAAGGCCACCUUGGAACGCCUGUCCUGGCUGUAAAGAGUAAGGACCAGAAAGUCGAAUUGACAUUGGGAGGAAGGGGAGAGGGCCAGACGGAGAUAUUCGACGAAGUUGUGUUGGCCUGCCACGGAGAUCAAGCAAGAUGGAUGCUGGGAGAUGAUGCAACCGAAAAAGAGAAGGAAAUCUUAGACGCCUUCGAAACAACACCCAAUACCGCAUAUCUGCACUCUGACCUCUCACUCAUGCCCCAACGCCGCACAGCCUGGUCCGCAUGGAACUACCUCACAACUUCCGCGUCCAACCCACCAAAAAACCCAAAUCUAGACUCAUCUUCCGGUAACAUUGAGUCCGUCUGCUUGACUUACGACAUGAACACUCUCCAACACAUCUCGCGGGAGACCUUUUCAUCCGUACUCGUAACUCUCAAUCCAUCCUCGCCUCCUUCCCCUGCUCUCACCCAGGCAACAUACCAGUACCGCCAUCCCCUAUACAAUUCGCGUAUGGUAUUUGCACAAGACCGCCUUGACGAGAUUCAGGGUAAGCGCGGUAUUUGGUACGCCGGCGCGUGGACGGGCUACGGAUUCCACGAAGACGGGUGCCGAAGCGGGUUGCAGGUUGGAGAGAAGCUUGGUGGGAAGGCCGGGUGGGAAGUGGUAGAUGCAAAGUUUAUGAGGGGCAGGAAGCCCGUGUUGAAGUGGAAGGAUUAUUUUGUGAGGUUCGUUGUCACGCUCGUGCAGAUGGGUAUUAGUAUCUUAGGGGGCUUGCUGGGGACGGAGAAGAGGAUAGCGAGGGUUGGUCAGAAGAAGGUGGUGUAG